AUGAAAAAUCUCUCUGUCCAUCAGGAGAUCCAAGAGUUCCUCAAGUCAAAGAACAGAUCAGAUAAGAAACUCUCUGACAUCCACUGUUCAGCUUUGGCCUACAUGCUGCAGAUGUCAGAGGAGGUUCGGGAUGAGUUGGAUCUGAGGAAAUACAAUGCAUCAGAGAAAGGAAAACGGAGACUGAUCCCAGCCGUGAGGAACUGUAAAAGGGCUGGACUUUGUGGCUGCAGACUCUCAGAGACUCACUGUGAAGUUGUGGCCUCAGCUCUGAAGUCCAGCCCAUCCCAUCUCACACAGCUGGACCUGAGUUACAAUGAACUGCAAGAUUCCGGAGUGAAGCAUCUGUCUGCUGCAUUGGAGAAUCCAAACUGUAGACUGGAGCACCUGAGAUUGAAGGGCUGCAGGUUGUCAGAGUUCAGUUGUGUCUCAGCUCUGAAGUUCAACCCAUCACAUCUGAAACAUCUGGAUCUGAGUGACAACAUGCUGCAGGACUCAGUAGUGAAGCAGCUGUGUGGUUUUCUAGAAAGCCCGGAGUGUAGACUGGAGACUCUGAGACUGAUUCGGUGCAAUUUGUCAAGGACCAGCUGUUCUUCCCUGGCUAAAGCUCUGAAUUCCAACACCUCCCAUCUGAAACAUCUGGACAUGGGUGACAACAAGCUGGAGGAUUCAGGAGUGAAACAGCUUGCUAGCCUUGUGGAGAGUUCACACUGUAGGCUUGAAACUCCGAGAUUAAGGGGCUGUGAAUUGUCAGAAACCAGUUGUUCUUAUCUGGGUUCAUCUUUGAAGUCCAACCCCUCCCAUCUGAGACAUCUGGACCUGGGUCACAACACCCUGGAGGAUUCAGGAGUUAAGCAGCUGUCUAGUCUCAUGAAGAGUCCGCAUUGUUUACUGGAGAUUCUGAGGUCAGUAAACGAUGGUAGUCGGUCCACACGGUUUUCAGGAACACUGAACUGAAGUUAGUAUCAAC